GCGAGGCUGCAUGUGGUGCCGUCAGUGAACGUUAAAUUCCUUGGCAAAUAUCGAAUUCGGGUUUCAUUGGCUGAAGACGCGUUUGUUCGCGUGGCAGUUCUCAUUAUUCUGCACUCUUUCGAGUACGUCGAGAGGGUGUAUUGUUCUUGUGCGGCGGCGAGUGGCGCAUUGCGGGUUGCGGGGCCAGAGCUUGGAGACUGCUGGCUGGAGGCCAGAUCUGUGCAUCAACCAACCCCUGAGAUAGGAGGCAAAAAACCACUCUCCGCACCUGUGGCGCCGCCGGAAUCAUGUCUCGAGACAGUCCAGUCGCGUUCAGCCCGACUUUCGACCUCAAGCGGGUGCUAGGCGAGGGUGCAGACCAAAUUUCGCGCUCGCAGGACCUGCCCAACGAGCUAUCCGCUCCGUAUGAGGUGCCCCAGUUCCCCAUCGAGCAGCUGGAAAAGAAGCUGCUCAUCCAGCGACAGCUCUCAGUCAGAGUCGCCCGCGACUUGGAGGAGCGACGUAGUCAGUAUGAACCUUCGGUGGGCGCAGUACCUGACGAGGGCGAGCACGCUUUCAAGCUGGACGAACACGACUUUGUGCCCCACUUCCAGCGCGUAUCCAUCAGCGGCGAAGACACGAGUGGCGUGCCCUUGGAGGAUCUACACCACGCGUCGGAGCUGCUGGUGCGAGCACUGCGUAUUCGCGAGCGCUACAUGGCCACUUCAAACCAAAGUUUCCCGACCAUUGCGUCACGCUUCCUGCGUUCAAUGGACGGCAGCACCACCAACCCCCCAACCCAUUAUGACUUCAGUCUUGAUGUCAUCGAGCAUGAAGACAGAAAGACCAUUGCUGAACAACCGGUUCACGCGCCUUCAAAAAUCGAUCCAUGGAAAACAGAGAUGCCGGAAGACAAAAAUUGGGUGGUCAAAUCUGUCAAUGGGGUAUUCCAGGUGUAUGAGAGUGAAGAAAAGGUUGCAACGGGUGAAGCCCGUAACUACCCGUAUUAUGACCUCGCAAACUUUGUCAGUGACAUGAACAUAUUGUGCUCCAUGAUUGCAGAUGGACCACUAAAAUCGUUUUGCUACCGACGACUGACCUAUCUAUCUUCCAAGUAUCAGCUGCACGUUCUGCUGAACGAGUUGCGUGAACUAGCAGCACAAAAAGCAGUUCCCCACAGGGACUUUUACAACAUACGAAAGGUGGACACGCACAUCCACGCAGCCUCGUGCAUGAAUCAAAAGCACCUGUUGCGCUUCAUCAAGAAAACGCUAAAAAACAACGCAGACGAGGUGGUGACAAAGACGCGCGUCGGUGACGAGAUGACGCUGGAGCAGGUCUUCCAGUCGAUGAACCUGACACCGUUCGACCUGACCGUCGACAUGCUGGACGUUCACGCCGACCGCAACACGUUCCACCGCUUCGACAAAUUCAACGCCAAGUACAAUCCAAUCGGCGAAAGCAGGCUUCGAGAAGUGUUCCUCAAGACGGACAAUUACCUCAAUGGAACCUACUUUGCCAGGAUCAUCAAGGAAGUGAUGGCUGAUCUAGAAGAGAGCAAGUACCAGAACGCAGAACUGCGUCUCUCGAUCUACGGCAAAAGCACUGACGAGUGGGAUAAACUUGCCAAGUGGGCCGUUGAAAAUGAUGUUUACUCAGACAAUGUGCGCUGGUUGAUUCAAAUUCCUCGCCUAUUCGAUAUCUUCAAGUCGAACAAGAUCAUCUGCAACUUCCAGCAGGUGCUGAGCAACAUUUUCCUACCUCUGUUUGAGGCGACCAACAACCCGUCCAAGCAUCCUGAGCUCGCGAAAUUCCUUCAGUAUGUCAUUGGUCUGGACUCAGUGGACGACGAGAGCAAGCCCGAGAAUCCUUUGUUCGACAAAGAAGUGACUUUACCUGAGGACUGGACAGACUACGAAAACCCACCUUACGCCUACUACCAGUACUACAUGUGGGCCAACCUGUCUGUGCUGAACAACUUUAGAAGGGAAAGAGGGUUGAACACUAUUGUGCUAAGACCUCACUGCGGUGAGGCAGGACCAAUCCAGCAUUUGGUCUGCGGCUUCAUGAUGGCUGAAAAUAUUUCCCAUGGACUCCUACUCAGGAAGGUUCCAGUUCUGCAAUAUUUGUACUACUUAGCGCAGAUCGGCAUCGCCAUGUCUCCUCUGAGCAACAAUUCUCUUUUCCUCAAUUACCAUAGAAACCCCCUUCCUGAAUAUUUGGCUCGGGGCCUCUGUGUUAGUCUCUCUACAGAUGACCCUCUGCAAUUUCACUUCACCAAGGAACCGCUGAUGGAGGAGUACAGCAUCGCGGCUCAGGUGUGGAAGCUGAGUAGCUGCGACAUGUGCGAGCUGGCUCGGAACAGCGUGCUCAUGAGUGGCUUUCCCCACAAGAUGAAGCAGUAUUGGCUGGGCCCGAACUAUACCAAGGACGGCGUGGCUGGCAACGACAUCACGCGCACCAACGUGCCUGACAUCAGGGUCGCCUACCGCAACGAGACGCUCAUCGAUGAGCUGUCCAACAUUUUCAAGGUGCAAGAGAUCUGAAAGUGCGGAGCCUCGGCCCCUCCUGCGCCGCUCUACAACAUCAGCAACUGCAGGAUCUAGACGCGACUAAAAGCAAUACGCGUCGGCCCUUGAGCUUUUUCUCAUUUGUUUCUUUUUCUACCCCAAAAGUGUUUGCUGUAGUUUCUCCCCUGGUAGUUGAUGUAGGCUUUGUUUAGGAACAGGCACUACAGAAAACUAAACACAUGUGGAUUAAUGUAAACGAAAAGUGAAAGGUAUUUUGUGAUA